AUGGAGGCCAUUCAGAAGAAGAAGAAGCAAGAAGUCAAGAGCAAUUCAGUCCGCAGAUACUUUGUAAAAAAGGAAGGUCAGAGUAAAAACCUCGAAAGAUUGGAAACCAAAGGUCGGUUACACAAAAAAUGUAUGCGUCAGCAUUUCGUCACCGGAAGCGAACCCGGGGAAUGUGCCCCUGUAGCCAUGGCCUUCGUCACGGCCGAAAGGAGCCCACUAGACGGCUGCCACUUCCCCGCAACCGGAAGUGAGCAAGGAAAAGGUGGACCGGCGAGGAGACGCAAGUCAUCAACUGGCCGAAAAUAUGGUUUCGAUGAUCAAGAUGUUAUUGACAAAAGGAAUACUGACACAUUGAAAGUCGAAGCCUUUGAAAACGUUCUAAAUGCACGUCCUGCACAAGCACAUAUUCGCAAUCGGAAGCUC